CUGAUGGGUCAUGUGACUACCACCGCGGACACCGGAAGAGGGAUGCGAGCUGUGCGGCUGUCUGCGAUCGCGAGGAACUUUGCCUCCCUAUUUUUAUCUAUUUGAUGUGAAGGGAUGCUUUGGCGACGCUGUAAAUUCAUGCUCGCCAAUUGCCACGCUUGAAAACAUACUGUAGUAGCCUUUUUUCGUUUGCUUGCGGUAGAUUUCGGCUGGGAGGGGUGAUGUUCGCGACGGAUGAUGAAGACGGAGAUUUCCUCUCGCCUACGGGAGGGGCGAAACUGGCCUCUCUGUUUGGAAUGGACCAGGCCACGACUCAGGGGAAUGAGUCCUUCCAGUACACCGCUCCCAAACAGCCCAAGAAGGGCUCUGCUGGCUCGGGCCCCCCAGGGGGGAAGUCUACAGCGCCCCCUGGAGCGCCUGCCGUCCUUUUUGCCACGGCCGUCAGUGCAUUUCAGUAUGUGAAUGGACAGUACGUGAAGCAGGGGAAACUGGGAGCUGCGGUCCUGGGUCACCAUGCGAGCAGAGAGUACAAGAUUCUGCUGUAUGUCAGUCAGCAGAAGCAGGUGACCAGCACCCGGAUCCACGCGGGCUUUGUGUUCACAGUCCAGCCCAGCAAUUACGGCACCUUCUACGAUGACCAGCGUCAGAACUGGUCCCUGAUGUUUGAGUCAGAGAAGGAAGCUGUGGGCUUCUGCAAGCAGGUGUGCCUGGCCAAGGCGAACAGCGCCCCCUCUCUGGAUUCGGUGGUCACACAGGAGCUGGUGCUGGGCGAGGGGCAGAGGGUGGAGGUCGGGGAUACCCUGGAGGUGGCAUACUCAGGGUGGCUGCUGCAGAACCAUGCUGUGGGACAGAUGUUCGACUCGAACCUGAACAAGGACAAACUCCUGCGGCUGAAGCUGGGGGCUGGUAAAGUGAUCAAGGGCUGGGAGGAAGGCAUGCUGGGAAUGCGAAAGGGUGGACGUCGCCUCCUGGUGGUUCCCCCUGGACAGGCGUAUGGCCCUCAGGGCAUCCCCAACCGCAUUCCCGGCAACAGCACCCUCAUCUUCGAGACGGAGAUACGGAGGGUGAAGUUCGCCAAGGACUCCGGGCUGGACCGAGUCAGCACUGGCUCGCGGGACUCCGCUGCGCCCUCCCCCGCCCCCAGCGUGGACAGCACCGGGCCGGACGCCCCGGCACAGCCCCCCGGCGCCGUGGCAGCCAAACCCGGAGACGUUCCCUUACGGGCGAAGUCCAGUUCCCUGAAUGAACAGCUGGGAAAUCCCGACUCCACCAAGGCCAAGCUGAUCUCCCGCAUGGCCAAGAUGGGCCAGCCCAUGCUCCCCUUCCUCACGGGGACCCUGCCCUCCCAGCCCGACUCCAGUGACUCCGAGAUGGAGGACCACAGCGGGUCUCGAGGUAGAGAGCACCCCCCUGCCCCCUCCCCCCAGCCUGUGCAGAUGUCGGCCACGCCCCCAGUCUCAGCUCAAGGUGUACCCGCCCCAUCUACCUCUGUGCUUCCGGUUUCCAUGACGACAGCCAAUCAGCACCUAGGGCCGGCGGGUCCUGUUCACGCCUUCCAGCCGUACUCAUACAGCCAGUCAACUGCAGCCACAUCCCAGCUGCAGCCAGUGAGCCAGAUGUACACCACGCAGACCAUGCCGUACCAGGGCCCCAGCGACAUCACUUCCUUCUUGAUGACUGAGGCUCGGCAGCACAACACUGAAAUCCGCCUGGCCGUCGGCAAAGUAGCCGACAAAGUGGACCAGCUGGCCUCCAAGGUGGACAACCUUCAGAAGCAGGGAGGGGUUUCCCUUGGCCUGUCCAACGUCUCCAUGGAGACGGCCAUGAUCAUGCACAACAUACAGCGGAUCAUCCAGGAAAACGAGUGUCUGAAGAAGGAGGUGUUCGAGAAGAGCUCCAAGAUCGAGGAGCAGAACCGGAAGAUUGGGGAGCUCAUUAACCAAAACCAGAGGUACAUGGAGCAGAGCAACCUGCUGAUGGAGCAGAGGAACGACUCGAUGAAGUCUAGCAGCGAGCAAAGCCAAGCCCGCAUGCUCCAGGCUGAGCUGGACAAGCAUGCACUGCCACAGGACCUGGGAUGGGGGCAGGUGCGUCUGACGGAGGACCUGGCGUCGUCAGCAGCACGCGUGUCCCAGUUGCAGCUGGAGGCCAGUUCACAGCAACAGAAAGCCACUGAGCUGCAAGCCAAGCUGAGUGCCGCCCUGCAGGAUGGAGAGAGGCACUGCACCCGGCUGGCAGCGCUCGAGAGCCAGGUGGAAGAGUUGAAGGAGCAGGCGGAGCGAGCGCAGGCGCAGUACCGCGGCGAGAAGCAGAAACGGCGGGAGGUGGAGCUGAAGCUGGGCAGUGUGGAGGAGGAGCUGCAGGACCUGAGGGUGGAGAAGGAGAGUCUGGAGCGCGCGCUGGCCGACAGGAAGAGGAAGUGGCAGGCGGAGCGUCAACGCUGCGAUACGGAGCUAGAGGAGGCGCGGAGGAGCAGCCAGCAGGAGGUGGAAAACCUGAAGGCCCAGCUGCGGAGGGCCAGGAGCAGCACCGACCAGGCGGCUGCGGAGCAGCUGGCGCAGCUGCAGGCAGAGCUGCAGGUGGAGUGGGAGGCGCGCUGCGAGCGGGAGCUGGCGUCGGCCCGGGAGCGGCACGGGCGUGAACGGGCGGAGCUACAGGAGCAGAAGGAGGCGCUGGAGGAGAAGCUGGCUCAGCUGCAGGAGAAGUUCUCUGCGCUGAAGCUGUCCCGCGAGUCGGAGGAGCAGCGGCUGCUCCAGCAGCAGGAGCAAGGGGAGGAGCUGCAGGCACUGAGACAGAAGAACUCGGACCUGCAGGAGCAAGCGGGGGCCGUGAAGCGGCAGCUGGAGUCACACAUAGCAGACCUGGAGAGGAGGCUGGCCGAGCAGAGCCAGGCAGACACCGCGGCGGAGGUGAAGCGUGUGAUGAACGGUGUGUUCCACUCGCUCCGGGGGGAGUUUGACCUGCAGGAGAGCUACACGGGCAGCGCCGUUCUGGGGGUCAUCGUAAGCACCAUAAAGAGGGUAACCCUGCAGCUGCUGACUGAGGCAUCUCAGAAGAGCGAAAAUGACGAGGAGGAGGAAGAUGAGGAAGAGGAGGCAGGACCAGGGGAGGAGAAGCAGUCACAGGAAGUACAACCAAAUGGAAAGGAGGAGGAAGUAGAGGAGGAGAAGCCAGCACUACGAGAGAACAGUGUGCAGACUCAUGUGGGCCACCAGACCAGGGAGAGAGUGGGUCAGCAGGAAGUAGGUCAACAGGAAGUGACCACUGCAGAGAACCAGGAAUUGGGUCAGCAGGAAGUAAGUCAACAGGAAGUGACCACUGCAGAGAAGCAGGAAGUGAGUCAGCAGGAAGUAAGUCAACAGGAAGUGACCACUGCAGAAAAGCAGGAAGUGGGUCUGCAGGAAGUAAGUCAACUGGAAGUGACCACUGCAGAGAAGCAGGAAGUGGGUCAGCAAGAAGUGACUACUUCCAAGAAACAGGAAAUGAAGGGGGACCCCAAGAGGGAGCUGGCCCUGGAUGUGAGACCUGCAGAAAUGGCAUUUGCUCAAUCUACAGUGGACAACCACCCUGAGGCCGGAGCAGCAAACCAUGUUCGUCCUCUGAGCUCAAAUCUGGAAGCGGAGGCCCAGGCUGAGGUUGUGGAUCUAGGUGUGGAUGGUGGGGGUCCUCAAGGGGAGCCCCAGGUAACAGAGUCAGCCCCUACCGGACCCCCCACACGACCACCACCCGACCCUCUGCAGGGUGAAAUGGGCGAUUCUGCCAGUUUGCCUGAGAAAGUAGAGGAGGAAAAUGGUGCAGGACCAUUUUUCCAGAAAACAGCCCCAACCAAGCCCCCCCCACCACCCACAGAGGAGGAGGAUGAUGAGCUGAGCCUGAAAGGCCGCCCGCCUCCGGCCCCCCUAUUCGGUGAUGACGACGACGACGACGAUGACCUGGAUUGGCUAGGCUGAUGGCAGUCUGAGUGCGUGCGUGUGCGUGUGAUGGGUCACGGGUCACUGGGCCAGUCCUGUUGCUCGCCAGGCGUGAUCCCUUCCAUCCUGCAAAGAGCAGGAAGUAUAAUGACACUGUAAGAGGCUCAGAUCCAUCUCUGGCGUCCUUAUUUUGCUCCAGUCAGUUUCCCUGCCUAUCCCUCUGUCUCACAGGCGGGGACACGCCCCCUGCUGGUGAACCAGCCUUUCAGGCUGUGUGCUGACCUCUGCAGUCUCCUGUGCUCUGGUGACUGGACGGUGGAGUUCUUUGGCCUUAAUGGCAAACACGUACGUUUCAGUGGUGCAACAAAAUCUUCAUAGCCUCGGAUUUCUUAAACUUCUCCAUAACGUGAUUGAACUGAAUGUCUCUCAUAUAAUUAACGGUUGUCAGUUGUUUUGCACAAACAAGAACUGGAUAACGCUAAACUAGAAACCCAAGAAAAUCAUUCUGUGUUCCCAUUCAGAGGUUACUUUUGACCUCGCGCGACCUCACUCUGCUACCAAACUUCUCUAACAUAGAAUGAUGAAUUAUUACAGAUUAAUAAAAUGUUUUCUCUAA